CUCAAACACAACAUAUUUUAUGACGAAACAGCGUUUUUUGUUUCAUACGUUCUUUUUUGUACAACUUUAUCAUCAGCCAAGCUCACUUUUGCGGCGCCAUUUAUCUGUCAUACGGUAACGUGUAUUGCUUUUAAACUUUAUGCUAGCUAACGAUAAGUAUCUGUUUAUUUACAUUUCAUUAGCCUGUUAGCUGUGAAAGUUAGCAAAGGAGUGGGACACAGAGCUGACGGUGGACAUUAACUUCUUCAUCCCCAGGCCCUAACUUGUUGAAAGCUAGGCCUGAGGAAAAGAUGAACGUGUGACCAGCUCAAUCAGAGAGAGGAGAAAGCAAGAAAGAGGCCUCCCAUCACUUGGUGCAACUCAGUAAGAGGAGCAGAGAGGAGGAAGUCCAGCAUUCAAGUGGUGCCAUGAUGGCAGAGGCUGAGGGGAAAGCAGCUCCAGCUGAAGACGGGAAUAUAGCAGAGGCCACAGCAACGCAUAUGUCUGGUAGUACUCAGCAGGUACAGGGUGGAGGGUCUGCCUCUCCUCCUGUGACCUCUGUACAGCCCCCUGCCACCACAGCCACAGAGGAUGAGGAUGAGAGUGAAGACGAGUCAGAAAUCCUGGAGGAGAGUCCCUGUGGUCGCUGGCAGAAGCGCAGAGAGGAGGUGAAUCAGCGUAAUGUCCCAGGGAUAGAUGCUGCGUACUUGGCCAUGGACACAGAGGAAGGGGUAGAGGUAGUGUGGAAUGAAGUCAUGUUCUCAGAGAGGAAAAACUUCAAGCUGGUGCAGGAGAAAGUGAAGGCCGUAUUUGAUAACCUGAUCCAUUUGGAACAUGCAAAUAUUGUCAAGUUUCACAAGUACUGGACUGACUCAAAGGAGAACCGGGCCAGGGUGAUUUUCAUCACUGAAUAUAUGUCGUCGGGAAGUUUGAAGCAGUUUCUGAAGAAGACAAAGAAGAAUCACAAGACCAUGAAUGAAAAGGCUUGGAAGAGAUGGUGCACACAGAUCCUGUCAGCUCUCAGUUAUCUACACUCGUGUCACCCUCCCAUCAUCCAUGGCAACCUGACCUGUGACACAAUCUUCAUCCAGCACAACGGGCUCAUCAAGAUCGGAUCAGUUGCUCCAGACACCAUUAACAACCAUGUGAAGACUUGUCAUGAGGAAAAGAAGAACUUGCACUUUUUUGCCCCAGAAUAUGGAGCUGUUGUGGAUGUCACCACAGCUGUAGACAUCUACUCAUUCGGCAUGUGUGCCUUAGAGAUGGCGCUUUUGGAGAUCCAAGGAAAUGGAGAGUCGUCUUAUGUUUCUGAAGAAGCAAUUAGUUUGGCCAUACAGUUGCUGGAGGACCCUCUGCAAAGGGAGUUAAUCCAGAAGUGCCUGGAGUGUGACCCCAAUACAAGGCCUACAGCCCGAGAGCUGCUGUUUAACCAGGCUCUGUUUGAAGUACCGCUGCUAAAACUGCUGGCUGCACAUUGUAUUGUCAGCCAUCAACACAUGAUCCCUGAGAAUGCCCUGGAGGAGAUUACCAAAAACCUGGACCCCAACCUGGUCAUUGCUGACAGGAAAGACGGCAUUCAGCUCAAGCUUUCACAAUUUCCUGCACUGGAGCUUGAUAAAUUCCUGGAGGAUGUGCGGAAUGGUAUUUAUCCCUUGACGGCGUUUGGGCUCCCCUGUCCUCAGCAGCCUCAACAGGAGACUGUUAAAUCUCCUGUUGUUGUUCCCUUGGUCAAAUCCCCCACCCCCGAACCUGCAGAGCUGGAGACACGGCGGGUUAUUCAUAUGCAAUGUAAUGUUGAAACUGUUGAGGAGGGAGAAAGGUAUCAUCUAACAUUGCUGCUGAAGCUGGAGGACAAACUGAAUAGACAUCUAAGCUGUGACAUGUUACCUCAUGAGAAUGUUCAAGAUCUGGCCGGGGAGUUGGUGCAACUGGGCUUAAUCAGUGAGGUGGACCAAAACAUGAUAGCCUCUCUACUUGAAGAAACACUCAGCCAAGCUCUUCAAUAGCAACGGUUUCCUCCGCAUGUUACUGUCUGCUCAAAAGUACACUCUCUUGACCCUGUUCCACUUUCUUUUUGAUUACUCAACAUUGUGACUGUAUUUUAGGUUUUUUUUUUUUAUUAUUUUUCCUGUCUUUUUUACUUAGAUUUAAUGUGGCCAAAAUAGUUCCUCUGUGUCAGGGAUUAAAGCUUCCUAAUGGCACACAGUACUUUUAGCGUAAAGCUAUUUGUACAUAAUACAUUGACAAGGAAGCCGCCUGGAAUAAUUUCACAUAUUUAUUUUACAGUCAAAGCAUACAUGUGCACGGGUGGAGUUAUUAUGAAUUAAUGGUUAAGUUCAGUACAGAUGUAAACCUCAAGGUUUCCCACAAUUUCUCAAGUGCAUAGUAGUAUUUUAGUAUGAGGUAGUUACAUUAUGAGCAGCCUGACUUGUUUGUGUGUUGUAUUAGAGUUAAGUCUAAAACAACAUCAAAGACUGAUUCAGGCCUUCACUGGAGUCACACCGCAUGCUAAUUCACCUCUCGCCACCCUAAAUUUUGUGGUGGUAAUAUUGACCAACAGCAAAAAUAUUUAUAGCAUAACAUAACUAUUUCCAAGAGAUGAGGGGAUGAAUUCCUACCCAAAGAAAAUGUAACAAAAGAAACCAUCCCUGUCUGGACUUUUUCUUUUGCCUCAUUCGUCAGAACAUUCCCAGCUCUUUGACUUAUGUGAUAUACAUCACCAGCAUAUCACCUAUCAUGUUAAAUAUAUGUAUAUAUUUAAUAUAUGUAAGCAAACUUCAGUUUAUUUUUAAAAAGCCUGUGACACAGAAAACAAUGUAUGUGCAUUAAUGCAUAUGACAUUAAGGGCGAGCAUCUUGCCAGUUUUCUCUGGCAGAUGUUUCUGGUACUGUGAACUCUGUAAAGUUACUGAAUGUCCGUUUAUGCGAUGUUUUUAUAUUUUGCUCUACUGUUUGCCUUAUUCUAGGCCUACGCACAUGCCUUAAAGUAAUCUAGUCUCAUUGUGUUUUAUUAUUUUUCUCAUUGUUUUAACAUUUGCUCUUAAAAUUGAUUAUUGUUAGACAUGCACUGAACUCAGUUGCCAUAUUCUGUUAAACGAGGACAUGGCUUCUGUGUGAGAGUUGCAUUUGUUAUAUUUAUCUCACAAAUUCUGUAUAUUAUGUGUUUUUCUUUACUUUUAGUGGUUUCACAAGAAGGCCACGGUGUCGAGUGUCUGAGCCAAUGCACAACUUACCUAGUUUCAGAUGCUGUUGUUUUCAUUUAAUAACAGACCAUCUGAUAAAGCUGGGAUCAAGUGGGUUUGACAUCCUUCAGAGGGCAGAGUACCCACUUGAGUACAUUAUAAAGGUCUUGUUUAGACAUGUAUUUAGAGCAGGGAGUUCCCUGUGGCCUUUCAGUGAUAUUAUGGCUCAGAACUCCUUAUGGACUACUGGUACUACUGUGUCUGAAAGCUCAUACAUGUGAGGACCUUAAACAGGUAGCAAGAACGCAGAGAAAAAUAAAACAUUGUCUGCAUGCACACAAACACAUCAACGGUUGAAAUACUAUUAAAUACAGUACCUGAUUCCUUUCCCUGGCAUUUUAUUGAGGUUAUACCAUAAGUUUCACACUGUCACUGUGUCUGUUCAACUAAAGACUACUGUAUGAGCUUUCAGACAGAGCUUUCUUCUCAUGCUGGUUGUUGAGUUGCUUUGCAACGUAAUGCUAAAUUGGACACCUCACAAGUGGGGUCAGGUGAAUCCAACGAGUCUCAUUCAUACAUUUCUGAAGUAUUUUUAAAAUGUAUUCAGGCUUUUUUUGCUGUACAUUUAGUGUGUGGUCCAUCAACAUGCAUUGUUUAUUUUCCUUUGUUUGUAUGUAUAUUUGUGAACUGCUAAGAUUGUAUAAUCCAAAGAUAUGUUUUCAAGUUAGCCAGGAGAAUGUAAAUCAAUCAAUCAAUCAAUGUGGUCACCAGGGCAGCUUUAUUCUCUCUUCCACCCAGUGUGCUGGUGGUGUUGAAACUGGUUAUUAAAUAAUCGUAUGGGUGGGGCAACUUCAGCCUGUUACUGGAGGAUGUGAGCUUUUGGUCAUAUAUGGUUAUUCUUAGGCUUGGUUCAUAACAUGAAUGUGUGUGUGCCUUUUCUGAGAUGUGCAUCCUGACAGAAUCGUAUGACUUGCAAAUAAAUGUGAUAUGCUAGA